AUGUUGCACCGCUCGACUAUCUCGCGUAUGGGCGCCGCUGUGCGCCGCCUGUCAACGCAGUCACCACCCAAUUACCGACGCAUGAUCCUCGAAUCUCGUGCGUACGACGUAGCGGAGCAAACGCCGCUGCAGGAGGCUCCGGCGCUGUCCCAUGCGCUGCAGAACCGCGUGUUGCUCAAGCGUGAGGACCUACAGCCCGUUUUCAGCUUCAAAAUCCGUGGUGCUUACAACAAAAUGGCCAGUUUGACGGACGAGGAGAAGGCAGCUGGUUGUGUGUGCUGUUCGGCCGGCAACCAUGCACAGGGCGUAGCGCUCUCGGCGCGCAAACUCGGAAUACGUGCGAAGAUCGUCAUGCCACUGGCCACACCCGAUAUCAAGGUGAACGCCGUACGUCACCACGGCAAGGAUUCCGUGGACAUUGUACUGCAUGGCAAAACAUUUGACGACGCUGCCGCUGAAGCUCAUAGACUGGUGGAGGAGGAGAAACUCACAAUGAUCCUGCCGUUCGACGACCCGUAUGUCAUCGCUGGACAAGGUACCAUUGGCAUGGAGAUCUUACAACAAACCAGCGGAUCUGGAGAGAAACUGGACGCCAUCUUCGUUGCCUCAGGAGGAGGUGGUAUGCUCGCAGGUAUUGCAGCUUGGGUCAAGCAAAUUCGCCCAAGUGUCAAGGUGAUUGGUGUCGAGGCAGCCGAUGCCGCCGGUAUGACAGCAUCGCUUCAAGCCGGCAAAGUCAUUGAACUGGACCAUGUCGGACUGUUUGCAGAUGGUGCAGCAGUGAAGAAAGUGGGAACCGAGACGUUCCGUGUGUGUCAACAAUAUGUGGACGAGAUGGUGACCGUAUCGACGGACGAGAUCUGUGCUGCUAUCAAGGCGGGUUUUAACGACACUCGUGCGAUUCUCGAGCCUGCAGGUGUGUUGUCCAUUGCUGGAAUGACGCAAUACGCCAAGACGCGCGGACUCUCUGGCUGUCAGUUUGUCGCUGUGACGUCUGGCGCUAACAUCGACUUCGCUCGACUGCGGUUCGUCUCCGAACGUGCGGAUUCGCAUGAGAGACUACUUGCAGUAGAGAUCGAUGAGAAUCCAGGUGCCUUUCUACGUCUUAACCGCCGAUUAGACGCCGUAGGUGUUCGUAUCACUGAGUUUAGCUACCGCUACGCUGACGCGCAGAAGGCACGCAUCCAUUUGUCAUUCCACUCGCCAAGUGCCGAGCACGCUGCCGCUGCUAUUCGCGAACUACAAGAGGAGGAGUCUCCGUUAGGUUUCGCACGCGGUGGCGCCUACCAAGUGCUCGACCUGUCCGAUAACGAGCUGGCUAAGCGACGUUCUUGGAGGCGCUACAGAGUUCGUGGAACAUCAGUCUAUUCCACUAUCGUAACCACGGCGCUGAUGUUGGACGAGUACUUGUGGGUUUCCAGGUUCCGGAAGAAGACCAGGAACGUUUCCAGACGUUCCUGA